AUAGGUACAAUGUCUAAAAUAUAUCAAGAAAAAAAAAAAAACUAGCGUCAGUCAGUAUAUUUAACACCAUAAUAAUAUUAUAACCUACAAAAAAAUUGUUUUCAUAAAAUAAAAAAUAGCACCUAAAAUAGGCACCUAAAUAUAAUUAAAUCAUGUUGCGGAACUUGAACAAAGUUGCAUUUCCAAGGAAACGAAUAUCAUCAGUAAAUUUUCAGAGAACAUUUCUUACUAAUGAUUACAAGUGCAGCGACGCAUGGAAGGAACGACUCUCAUCACCAAUAUUGAAUAAAGUCAAAUUAAAUGAUUUCUACAACGUUUUAGACCAGAGUUAUGCUACAAAGGGUGUGAUUACCGCCAUAGACGUAGACAUUUUUGCUAAUUCGCUAAAAGAUCCUACUUAUUUGGAAGAACUACGAGAUCUUUUACAUAAGUUGCGACUAUCUGCGGAAACAGGUUACAUUUUAGACUCUACACAUCAUGCAAUAGUAAGAAACUAUAUUGAAUUUGAAAGAAUACAAGAUUUAAUAGAUAUACUAAGGGAUCCUCUUAAUUAUGGGGUAUUUCUGGAUGACUAUGCUGCUAAUAUUUUGUUGGACAAAUUAAUAACAUCAUCAAAAUAUGAAGAAGCUGCUAAUGUCGCAUCCUUGAUAAUGCUUCAAGAAGAUUAUGGAAAUGAUAUAACUUGUAGUCUUUGCCAAUAUGCUUGCUAUAAAUACAUUACAAGUUAUAGUCCUAGGACUCCUGAGAAAACUGAGCCUGAGGGAAAGAAUAAAAAAGUAGAAGAAAUAAAAAUUAGAGUAAAAUAUCUGAGGAAUCCUUAUUUUGAUGACCACUUUGACAUUAAAGAUGUUUAUACAUUAGCUGGGAAGACACUAGCAUGGAUUUCGCAACGAAAUAAUGAUAACCUUUGUUACAACCUGCAAAUCAUAGGAUGGUUGGUUUAUAAAAAAUAUGAUAAUUUGUUUGGGUUAUGCCAAGAAUGUACUAAAACAGAAUCGUUUAAAGUCUAUCCAGAAGUUGUCCAGUUCUUACAAAAAGAAUUAGCCGCAGUGGGAGAUGAAAUAAAAGAAUACUUAAAUGAUUGUGUAUCCACCCUAUCUGAAGCCACACCCAUGGAAGUAUCAUUAGAAGAGUCAAUACAGAUAGCCAUAGAAAAUGCUAUCAAUAAAACUCAAAAUAAUGACAUAUCAGAACAAAAAAAGCUAUUUAAAUUAUGGGCUGCACAGCGGGAGUCAAGUUUACAAGAACAAAUUAAACGCUUGGAUAGAGCUAAACGCAUGCAGCUUAUAGAGCAGAAACAAAACCAACUAAAAGAAGAGGAACAGAGGUUGUGGUUCUUUGACAAUGAAGAUAAAAUUGAUCUUCAAAUUGAGGAAAAAGAAAAGCUUGUAGAGCCCACGGUGGGAAAGAAACAGAUUUCAAAGACCGCAGACGAAAAUUACAUCCCACCAGAAAUUACUCCCCAACGAAAAUAAAAGCUUGAAGAAAUAAAAUCUACAUUUCAUAAUAUGUAUAA